GAUUUCUGUCUGAUUUGUAAAUGAUGGGACGAGUUAAAACUAGGAUGCAAAUGAACACUUCUUGUACAUGCUCGUCUCCCUCAUGGUCGAGCAUAUGAUAUCCUGCGUAUUCAACGACAAGAAUGCUGUAACGACGUUAUGUCACUGUAAUCUGAGGACAUAAUUUAAAAAAAAAACGACUCGAUCAAAAAUAUUAAUAUUUCCGGAAUGCUUUCAAAUUCAUUUGAAAAAGAAUUCUUCGAGUCACGUGCCUAAUAUGUUGUAAACUUAACAACGUGUAAGAAAGCGCCGCCUUGAGUCAAUCACGAUAACUAAUUUGUAAAAUGGUAGUCGAUUUUGGGGCAUAAGGUGACGUGUCCGUAUUUUUCUUAAAUUUGGGCAAUUAUCUUACAAUAUGAACGCAUUUAAACGUGACAAGAAAGAAGAGGAAGAUGGAGGAGGUAAUCCAUUUCAAAAUAUGGAGAAGACUACAGUUCUACAGGAGGCACGUACAUUUAAUGACACUCCAGUCAACCCAAGAAAGUGCGCUCAUAUUUUAACUAAAAUCUUAUACCUGAUAAAUCAAGGAGAGCAAUUGGGAACGACAGAAGCUACGGAAGCUUUCUUUGCUAUGACAAAGUUAUUUCAAUCACGUGAUGUUGUCUUGAGACGAUUAGUCUACUUGGGAAUUAAAGAGUUAAGUUCAGUAGCAGAAGAUGUGAUUAUAGUCACAUCAAGCCUGACGAAGGAUAUGACUGGAAAGGAGGACUUAUACAGAGCUGCUGCCAUUCGUGCUCUUUGUACAAUUACUGAUGGUGGUAUGUUGGCUGCCAUUGAGCGAUAUAUGAAACAGGCAAUCGUAGACAAAUCCCCAGCAGUAUCCAGUGCUGCCUUAGUUUCCUCACUGCACUUAACCAGUGUUUCUGGAGAUGUUGCUAGGAGAUGGGCUAAUGAAGCACAAGAAGCAUUAAAUUCGGAUAACGUAAUGGUCCAAUACCAUGCGCUGGGUGUAUUAUAUCAGGCUCGUAAGUCUGAUAAGCAUGCUGUGACCAAACUGGUCUCAAAGCUGACUAGAACCAGUUUAAAGAGUCCUUAUGCUGCAUGCAUGUUGAUAAGGAUGGCUUGCAAACUACUAGACGAAGACGAAGGAGCUGGAGAGCUUUAUGAAUUUGUAGAAUCAUGUCUGCGCCACAAAUCAGAAAUGGUCGUUUACGAAGCCGCACAUGCUCUUGUCAAUCUGGGUAGAAGUGGAAGCAGAGAACUUGCAUCCCCAAUCAGCGUACUGCAACUAUUCUGUGGUUCUCCAAAACCAGCUUUAAGAUUUGCAGCUGUACGAACACUGAAUAAGAUGGCUAUGUCUCAUCCAGCUGCUGUAACAGCCUGUAAUCUCGAUUUAGAGAACUUAAUAACAGAUUCCAACAGGUCAAUUGCUACCCUGGCGAUCACAACACUCCUUAAGACUGGUGCAGAAAGUUCAGUAGACCGUCUUAUGAAACAGAUAGCGACAUUUGUUUCUGAAAUCUCAGACGAGUUCAAAGUGGUUGUUGUACAAGCUAUAAGAGCUCUUUGUCAAAAGUUCCCUCGGAAGCAUGCCGUCCUGAUGAAUUUCCUGUCAGCAAUGCUCCGCGACGAAGGUGGACUGGAAUACAAAGCAGCUAUUGCUGACACUAUAAUAGCUGUGAUGGAGGGUAAUACGGAAGCUAAAGAAGCUGGUUUGGCUCAUCUCUGUGAAUUCAUCGAGGAUUGCGAACACACAUCCCUGGCAGUUCGUAUACUUCAUCUUUUAGGACAGGAAGGUCCAACCUCAAAGCAACCUUCACGCUACAUCCGUUUUAUUUACAAUCGUGUCAUUCUCGAGAGUGCGAGUGUCAGAGCAGCUGCAGUGACAGCACUGGCCCACUUUGCAGCUUCCUGUCCUCCUUUACUCCCAAAUGUCCUGGUACUUUUGUCUCGCUGCCAAUUGGACUCUGAUGAUGAGGUUAGGGAUCGUGCUGCUUACUAUUGUGCUAUUCUUCAACAACAGAAUGAUCCCACUCUCCUACCUCUCAUACAGCCGCCUCUUUUAUCUAUUCCAAGUCUUGAAGGAGCUUUGCGAAAUUACAUAAGAAGUUCUAUGGAUCAGCCAUUUGACAUCUCACAGGUACCACCAGCUCAAACGGUGGAAGAACCUACGCAGACAGAAAUACUUUCUAAUAUCAAGCAGCAACCUCGUUUAACAAGAGAAGAAAGUUUCAUGGAGAAACUCUCACAGAUUCCACAGUUGGCUACAGUCACUCGGGACUGUCCACUGUUCAAAUCUUCCGCAGUCUGCGAAUUGACAGAAUCUGAGACAGAAUAUAAUGUGAAAUGCGUCAAACAUUCGUUUGCCAAUCAUCUCAUUCUUCAGUUCGACUGUUUGAAUACUCUUACCGACCAACUACUAGAGGAUGUCAGAGUGACAGUCGAACCACCAGAAGGUUAUACACUCAUUGGCGAAAUACCCUGCCCUCGUUUGGCGUAUAACGAACCUGGAACAACUUAUAUUGUAUUGGAGUAUCCUAAGGAUAUUCAAGCAAGUGUUGCCACGAUUCCAACUACCCUUAGAUUCACAGCACGUGAUUGUGAUCCAGCCACUGGUAUUCCUGAUGCUGAACAAGGAUACGAUGAUGAGUAUAUGUUGGAGGAUUUGGAAGUGACUCUUGCUGAUCAAAUGCGAGGCUCCGCUGGUAGAGGUUUGGACUUCAGUGCUGCUUGGGAUGCUGCAGCAGCACGGGGUUUCUCUGAGCUCGAGGAGACCUUUGCCUUAGGAGCAUCUGUCACUACCUUAGAAGCAGCUGUACGAAGUCUUAUCGGUUUCCUUGGACUUGGAGCAGCAGAACUUAGCGAUCGCGUACCAUCCGGUACCGUUGGACACACUCUUCUACUGGGUGGUGUCUUCAGAGGGGGAAAGCAAGUACUCGCCCGGGCGAGGUUAGCCUUAGCGGACGAACAAGUUACAAUGCAAUUAUCUGUUCGAUCCCCGGAUCCCGAUGUUGCUGAACUUAUCACUUCCUCCGUCGGUUAAGAGAACCUGUGUUAAAUUCAGUAUUGUUUCUCUAAGGAUGGAUUCAACAACAUUGUCUGAACUGCACACUUCAAGUAAAAUGUACAGGGAUACCUAUGAAAACACCAUUCAUAGACCAUUUACAGAGCUAUAUUAGGUACUAAUCGAACUAUAAAUAAAGAUGUAUUGAUUAAAAGAA